AUGUCCUGUCACUCUUUUCGGGCUAGCUCUGGCCGCCGCAUUGGCCACUUCAGCUCCUGCUCAGCAGUGGUACCCCAGCAUCUGAACCAUUACCAGGCCAACUCUGUCUCCUGCCGAAGUGGUGUCAGCUUCCGGGGCUUGGGUGGUUUUGGGAGCCGGAGUCUGUGCAAUUUUGGAUCCUACUCACCCCGAAGGGUGGCAGUGAGCUCUUACCCCAUCCACUCUGGGAUUGGCUUUAGAUCUGGUGGCAGGCUUGGUUUCGGGAUUGGCAGUGGCAUUGGCUUUGGAUUUGGACCUAACAGUGGGUCCUGCUUUGGGGCUGGUAGCGGCAUUGGCUUUGGAGCUGGAAGUAGCAUUGGCUUGGGGCCCAGUGGCAGUCUUGGCUAUGGGUUUGGCAGACCUGGUUUUGGGUACAGAGUAGGUGGAAUUGGAGGCCCAGCUGCCUCUUCCAUCACAGCUGUGACUGUCAACACAAGCCUACUGACACCUCUCAACCUGGAGAUUGACCCCAAUGUUCAGAGGGUGAAGAAGGAUGAGAAGGAGCAGAUCAAGACUCUAAAUAACAAGUUUGCUUCGUUCAUUGACAAGGUUCGGUUCCUGGAACAGCAAAACAAGCUCCUAGAAACUAAGUGGAACUUCCUCCAAGACCAGAAAUGUGUCAGGAGCAACCUGGAGCCACUCUUUGAGAACUACAUCAAUAGCCUCAGACGGCAGCUGGAUGUGGUCGCUGGGGACCGGGCCCGGUUGGAAGCCGAAAGGAACCACAUGCAGGAUGUCCUGGAGGGCUUCAAGAAGAAGUAUGAAGAGGAAGUAGUAUUCCGGGCCAAUGCAGAGAAUGAGUUUGUGGCCCUGAAGAAGGAUGUGGAUGCAGCUUACUUAAACAAGUCUGAUCUGGAGACCAAUGUGGAAAGCUUGAUCAGUGAGAUCGAAUUCCUGAAAGCUCUGUAUGAACAGGAGAUCAAGUUGCUCAAUUCCCACAUCUCAGACACAUCUGUUAUUGUGAAAAUGGACAACAGCAGGGACCUGGACUUGGAUGGCAUAGUUGCUGAAAUUAGGGCUCAGUACGAGGACAUUGCCAAGCGAAGCCGGGCUGAUGCUGAGGCCUGGUACCAAACUAAGUAUGAGGAAAUGCGAGUAACAGCGGGCGUGCACUCUGAUAAUCUUCGGAGCACACGGGAUGAGAUCAAUGAGCUCAACCGCCUGAUCCAGAGGCUGAAGACUGAGAUUGAUCAUGCCAAGGCACAGCGUGCCAAAUUGGAGGCUGCUGUUGCCGAGGCCGAGCAGCAGGGAGAGGCGGCUCUCAAUGAUGCCAAGGUCAAGCUGGCUGAACUGGAGGGGGCUUUGCAGCGAGCCAAGCAGGACAUGGCCCGUCAGCUGCGUGAGUACCAGGAGCUGAUGAAUGUCAAACUGGCCUUGGAUGUUGAGAUCACUGCCUACAGGAAACUCCUAGAAGGUGAAGAGAACAGGAUCUGUGAAGGUGUUGGACCAGUGAACAUAUCUGUGAGCAGUUCCAGGGGUGGUGUGAUAUGUGGCUCAGAAGCCUUUGUCUCCGGUUUGUCCUAUGCCCGAGGCGGGCCUGGCUUCUCUGGGGGUAGCAACGUCUGUUCCAGCAGCAGUGGGCUCCUGAGUUCCGGGGGUGCCUGGCGUUCUGGCAGCUCCUGCAGCACAGGCCUGAGCCAGGGAUCUAGGAUCUCUGCCAGAGGCGGCGAUGUGGCAGUGACCAGCGGAGGGAGCACCGUGAUCGCUGGUGAGGCCUGCGCCCCCUGCAAUCCCUGUCUCCCCAAGGAGGGUUUCAGCAGCAGCAGCGGCAGCGGUAGCCGGAGCGGUCGGAGCUCCGCAGUCCACUUUGUCUCCACUACCUCAUACCACCGCAACAAUUACUGACGGAAGAAACCGAGAUCCGCCGUUGCCCGAGAGAGAGGAAGAAGCACCUUUAGGAGUCCUACGCUGGGCCCCAGAAAUGCCUAACUAUGGACUUUGUGGAUGAGAUGCCCCUAAAUUAAUUCCCAAAUUCUCCCUUCUCUAGAGGAGCUAUCUGUCUUGUGAAUUCUCUGGAGCCACAGUUUGUCCCAGGCUGGCUCUCCCCGUGAGCCCUGGCGGCAGCUCCUAUCGGUGUGUAUUCAGGAAGGAAAAUUCAAAUUAAUGCACCCAUGACACAUAGCUUUGGGAAGGUAAAUCUGCUGCCAACCAAUAUGUACAGGGUCUUUCAAAGCCAAAGAAACAGAGAAGGAGACAGGGUGGUAGCACAGGGGAGCAGUAGCUGACUGCAAACUCAGAGAACUUGGGUCUGAAUGCUGACUCAACCACCUAGCCAUGUAAUCUCAGCUAAAACCCUGUAUUUCUUUGAAUUUCAGUUCUCUCCUCUACUAAAUGUGGAGUUUGGACUUAAAGACCUCUAGUUAUCUCAUCCAGAUGACCCUUCUCACUCAAAAUCUUUAAGCCUAUGAUUUUUGGCAUUCAUUUUUAGUAAUCCCUGUCUCUGCUUCUCUCUAUUUGAAGACAAUUGUUUGUACUUAACACAAGUUUCUCUUGUCCACACUCCCCUUGCUUCUUUUCUUUCUCUUAGGCAAAAAGGAAAUUAUUUUGACCCUCUUUCCUGGAUUUGUAAGUCUCUGCUAUCCUAGAUUCCUUUGGACCUGGUAUCUCCCUCAAAGAGAGCCCCUUGGCUUGGAGGAUUGGGGUUAUAUAUCCCCAGGUGAUUAUCUCAGGAGCUGUGUCUGUCCACUGUGUGUAUGAAAGCUGGCUGCUAGAUGCCAUAUUUUUCUUGCUGGGUUGUUUGUCUGACAUUGUAGGACCUAAACUCUACAACUUAGUUCUGUUUAGGGCUGUGCUUAUCGAUAAAUUCCUGGGAAGGAUGGCUUCUCAGGACGGUGGAGGGAAGGUCCUUGCCGAAAUGAGACCAUCUGAUUGGUGGGAAGUCAAGAGAUUUCUCUGGAUGACGCUUUAUUUCUCUGCUCAGCAAUGGUUAGAGACCUCUAGCUGCUUUCUGGCAUCUAGAAUGUAUCUGUCAAGAAGUGAAGGGAGAAGAAAAGGGAAGGAAGUUAUUUCUAUACACAUAUGUGUUGCUCUUCAUGUUUUCUGGUGUUUCCAAUAAACUU